GUGUGUGUGUGUGUAUAUGUGUGUGUGGGUGCUCGGUUUCACGGAGCGAGCUCGAGCCGUUUCUUCUCGGCUCUUUUGAUCGGCGAAACUUAAUCUGGAACAGAUCAGAGACUUGGAGUCUGGACUCUGUGCAGGUGCAGCGAUGAGUCCCCGGAUGCUGGUUGUGUGUGCGAGUGUGUUAUUCUCUCUGUGUUCUGCCGCUCCGCCCGCACACAUCAACCGUCUGGCGCUGUUCCCCGACAAGAGCGCCUGGUGCGAGGCCAAGAACAUCACACAGAUCGUCGGGCACACGGGCUGCCAGCCACGAUCCAUCCAGAACAGGGCGUGUUUGGGACAGUGUUUUAGCUACAGUGUGCCGAACACCUUCCCCCAGUCCACGGAGUCUCUGGUCCACUGUGACUCCUGCAUGCCUGCUCAGACGCAGUGGGAGGUGGUGACUCUGGAGUGUCCGGGCAGUGCCGACGCACCACGGGUGGAUAAGUUAGUGGAGCGAAUCCUGCACUGCAGCUGCCAGUCCUGCAGUAAAGAGGGUGGCCAGGAGGGGGCGCUGAUGCAGCUGUUUCCUUCAGAGAGCGCCGCAGAGUCUCCGCCCGCUCCUGACACACACUCGCACACACACUCACACUCUCACACACACACAGACACACACCCUCAGCACGCCCACACACACUCCGAACCACAUCCUCACACACACACGCCCGAGGGGGGAUGAUGGGUAAAAUCUUGCAACCCUGUCCACUUUCGUCCACAUUCACUCCUUUUAUACGCUGACCGACAAACGUUUGGGGACAUCGUGCCUUUCUGUUAAAAUUUUCAUUUUCUCUUGUUACUUUUUUAAUAACGGAAGACAAUUUACCUGCAAAGGUUUAGUUAGCAUAAAAUGUAGCUUUUUUGCUAGCACUGACGACACCACUAGGGGGCGCUGCAGAUACACCCGGAAUGUGCUUAUUCGAAUUAUAGCAUCUUUAGAAAUGUAAGCAAAGUCUUUUUAUGCAAACAUACUGUUCUUAAAUGAACAAAAUUAUCUUGAAUUUAAUGGCCUAAAGUUAUGAUUCUGUCCCUCAACCAUAAUUUAAUAUGAUUCGAAUUGCCACUCAGUAAUGUCUUCUGGGUUGGACAGACACUAGAGGGCGUUCCUGAGCGACUCCAAAAUGAAUGGGUUCCUAGGGAGCUCUUGUGCAAAACUGUAGUUUGUAAAUAUUUAAUCCUUUUAUACAAACAAUUCCACUUGUUUACACAGCGGAAAUAUCUUGUCAUUCUCAGAAGCAGUUAUGCUAACAAAUCAGCGCUCAGUAGCAGUAAUGCUAACCACUCAGCUCUCAUUAGUAGUAAUGCUAAGUAAUGAGCUCUAAGUAGCAGUAAUGCUAACCAGUCAGCACUCAGUAGCAGUAAUGUUAACCAAUCAGCAUUCAGUAGCCGACAAGCUAACC